GUCCGGCGGUGGGCGGGAAACGGAAAGCGCCGAACGUCACGUGACACGAACUAAACGGCCAACAUGGCGGCGAGCAGAAGAGUGUAGCUCAGUUACGAGACGCCUCACGUUAACAGACGGAGGCCGUGAGAAACAGUCAGGCACGUUUUAAAGAGGAGACCCCCCCCCCACUCUCUCUGUUGAUUCUUCCUCCGAGCUCUGAACCAGCAGGAUGCCCGGAAAAACCACAGACCAGUUCAAAGCAGGAGACCUGGUGUUCGCCAAGAUGAAGGGCUUCCCCUUCUGGCCAGCCAGGGUCUGUAAGUCUGAGUCCGGCUUUAAGAAGCGGAUCCCCGUCUUCUACUUCGGGACCCAUCAGACAGGUACCCUCCCUCCAGAGAACGUUGUCCCUUACGUCGGCAACAAGAUGAAGUACGGCAGCGGUGUGCGCAUCAAAGGCUUCUCGGAGGGCAUGUGGGAGAUCCAGAACACGCCGGGUGUUGGGAGUAAACUCAAGAUCCCGUCACAGACUUCUCCUCCAGUUAAAAGCAGCAGUGUGAGAAGUUCUCCUGCUAAAUCUCCUCCCAGUAAACCUGCAGAGCCUGAGAGGAAACCAGCUGCACACAGAGCUACACCUGCUGCUGCGUCUAAAACUCCAACAAGAGCUUCACUGAGAUCUGCUCCGCUGAAGACCACAGACUCCACUCUGAACCCUGACCCGGAGUCCACAAAGAGCUCAGAGGGCGCUGUGAAUCUGAGAAGCAGAAGAGCGGCCGCCAGGAGCGACAGAAGCCAAGAGAACAGUUCUGUAGAGAAUACAAAGACAGCAGACACAGAGAGUCCUGAAACUCCCUCCACAGCCUCUGAGAGUCCAGCUGAGACCAGUACAGACCAGAGAUCUCCACCUGAAACAACAACAAGUCCAGAGAAGACAACAGACUCCAGACACGCUGCAGAGGAGGCUCAAAGGACUACGAGGAGCCGGGUCGCACAGUCCAAGGUCGAUGCUGAGCAGCAGAACAAGAGGAGGAUGACUUCUACUGCUGUGACCUCACCAGUCAGUAAGAAGUCGAGGACGACAGAGUCUGAGGGAGGACAGAAAGAGGAGGAGGAGACGAAGCAGGAUGAAGGUGAAGAAGCAACAGAAAAGGAAGCAGGUGACACCGAAGGGAGGAAGACGAGGAGAGCAACAAGGUCAGAGGGUGAAGGAAGGACACGAGAAGGAAAGUCAGAUGUCACAGGAGGAAAUCAAGAAGCAGGAAAGACAAGCGAGGAGAGCAGAGGGACGAAGAGGAAGAGGGACGAGAAGACGACUCAGGAGGAGGAGACGAGGAGAGCAGAGAAAGACAAGGAGACAGCUGAGGAAGGAAAGAAGGAGAAGACAAAGGAGACACUGAGGAAGGAAAGAAGGAGAUGA